UCUGAUGUUGUAACUUACAAUACUCUGAUUUCUGGGUUGUGUAAAUUAGGAGAGAUUGAAGAAGCUACAUGUGUCCUGAAAAGAUGGCCGAGAGGGGGUUGCUUACCAAAUAUGGUAACCUAUAAUACUCUUAUUAGUACUAUGUGUACAGAGAACCGACUUGAUGAUGCUAUAGAACUUGCCCGUGGCCUCACUCUCAAAGGUCUUCUACCAGAUGUAUAUACUUUCAAUUCCUUGAUCAGUGGUUCUGCAAGGCUUGGGGAUUAUGAGAUAGCUUUGCGAAUGUUUGAGGAGAUGAAAAACAGUGGUUGCUCGCCUGAUGAAUUUACUUACAACAUAUUGAUUGACCACCUUUGUCUCCAUGGGGAGCUAGGGAAAGCUCUGGGCUUGCUGAAAGAAAUGGAACUGAAUGGCUGCCGAAGUGUUGUGACAUAUAAUACUCUAAUAGAUGGGCUGUGCAAGAACAUGCGAAUUGAAGAAGCAGAAGAGAUAUUUGACCAGAUGGAUAUGCAAGGAGUCUCAAGGAAUUUGGUGACUUAUAAUACUCUUAUAGAUGGCUUGUGUAAGAGUAAUAGGGUUGACGAAGCCACUGAACUUAUGGAUCAGAUGAUAAUGGAGGGAUUGAAACCUGACAAGCUCACAUAUAAUUCCUUGCUCACACAUUAUUGCAAGCAAGGAAACAUAAAGAAAGCUGCGGAUAUAGUUCAAACUAUGACUUCAAAUGGCUGUGAACCUGAUAUUGUUACGUAUGGGACUCUCAUUGGUGGCCUGUGCAAGGCAGGUAGGACACAAGUCGCUUGUAAGCUCCUUAGAACCAUACAGAUGAAGGGGAUGGUCCCAACUCCAAAAGCUUAUAAUCCUGUGAUACAAUCACUCUUUAAGCAGAGGAAGACUAGAGAAGCUAUAAGGCUCUUCAGGGAGAUGGUAGAGAAGGGAGAGCCUCCAGAUGCUGUCACACAUAAAUUUGUUUUCCGUGGUCUGUGUCUUGGGGGAGGACCAAUUGGAGAAGCUGUUGAUUUCCUGGUGGAAAUGACAGAGAAGGGAUUCUUACCCGCAUUUUCCUCUUUUUCAAUGCUAGCUGAAGGUCUCUUAUCCUUAGCCAUGGAGGAUACGCUUAAUAGGGUAGUUGAAUUGGUAAUGGAGAGGGCUGAUUUUACAGAAAGUGAAAUUGCCAUGAUAAGGGGUUUUCUUAAGAUACGCAAAUUUCAUGAUGCACUGACCACCUUUGGCCGUCUAUUGAGAAGUAGAGUGCCUGAGAAAGUUUACAAUUAAUGCUAAAAUGUGGAGAAAGUUCUGCUGAACAGCUUGUUAGCCUUGAAUAUCAUACACAGCACCAUCGGAUGUAAAGCCAAGUCUGUAUAGAAUUAGAUGGAAUAUGAUCAUACAUAAAAGGAUGGAAAUCAUUCUGGCUGUCAAAGGUCAAUAGGAAUUGGUUAUCAUAUAAUGAUAUGUAAGGAGAUCCUUCUGGAA